UGCUGACUGAGUGGACACACUUCAACAACCCUUUGGCUUAGUUUUAUUUCUUCUAAUAUGUGCUUUUAUAUUUCAAUUUGCAUCUUAAGCAAGGCAAUAACAGAGUUGAAGAAUGGAGAUACAAGUCCCAAGAGUCAAACUGGGUACCCAAGGUUUAGAGGUGUCUAGGUUGGGAUUUGGAUGUGGAGGAUUAUCUGGAAUUUAUAAUGCUCCUCUCUCACAUGAAGAUGGAUGUUCAAUCAUUAAGGAAGUAUUCAAUAGGGGAGUUACCUUUUUUGAUACAUCAGAUCUCUAUGGACACAAACAUGAUAAUGAAAUCAUGGUUGGUAAGGCAUUAAAAGAACUUCCCCGCGAAAAAGUACAAUUGGCUACGAAGUUUGGCGUUACUUUAUCUGAUGAGAUGGUUUUGGGGGUAAAAGGUACCCCUGAAUAUGUGAGGGAGUGCUGUGAAGCUAGUCUGAAGCGGCUUGAUGUCAAGUAUAUUGAUUUAUACUAUCAACACAGAGUUGACACUUCAAUUCCAAUUGAAGACACCAUGGAGGAACUCAAACAACUUGUAAAUGAAGGAAAGAUAAAAUAUAUCGGGUUGUCAGAGGCUAAUGCUGAUACUAUAAAGAGAGCACAUGCAGUUCAUCCUAUUACUGCUUUGGAAAUGGAGUAUUCCUUAUGGUCCCGUGACAUUGAAGAAGAAAUAAUUCCACUCUGCAGAGAGCUUGGCAUUGGAAUUGUAGCAUACAGCCCCCUUGGUCGCGGCUUUUUUGCAGGAAAGUCAGUGGUAGAGGCUUUGUCUAGUCAGAGCUUGCUGGCUAUGCAUCCAAGGUUCACAGGAGAAAAUUUGGAAAAGAACAAGCUUUUUUAUGAACGAAUCAAUGACUUGGCUUCAAAGCAUGCAUGCACUCCUUCUCAAUUAGCAUUAGCUUGGCUUCUGCAUCAGGGAAAUGACAUAAUCCCUAUCCCUGGGACUACUAAACUGAAGAACUUUGAAAACAACAUUGGAUCUCUGAAUGUGAAGCUUACACAAGAAAAUUUGAAGGAAAUUUCUGAUGCAGUUCCCGUUGAGGAAAUUGCUGGGGAGCGAGAAUAUGAUAGUAUAUCACAAUAUCUUUGGAAGUUUGCAACUACGCCGCCAAAGUAAUUGCAUAGAUAGAACUGUGCAACUGUAAUGAAUUGAGUGUUGUGUUUGUAUUUCACUAUGAUGUUUACCUCAAUGAAAUAACUUCUCUACAAGAUAA